CCCAUCAUUUUGCAUUUGGGUUGGAGUUCAAAGGUUUGAAUCGCUUCCGAUUGGAUUGAUAAAAUGAAAGUGCAGGACCUGGACAAAUGUGCUCCCAGCAGCGAAUGGAACGUCCUCUAUUGGGUGCUGGGUACGAUUCUGAUGCCGGUGGCCCUUCCACUGGCCCUCUUCAACAUUUGGCAACGAUUCCGCGCCCAAAAGUUCCGCAAUCAAUUGCCAGGAAAGGUUGUGCUAAUUACGGGCGCCAGUUCGGGAUUGGGUGAAUCCCUGGCCCACGUCUUCUACCGGGCCGGAUGCAGGGUAAUCCUGGCGGCACGACGAACUCAGGAGUUGGAGCGGGUCAAGAAGGACCUCCUCGCUCUGGAUGUGGACCCCGCAUAUCCACCCACCGUGCUGGCCCUCGAUCUGGCUGAACUGAAUUCCAUUCCAGAGUUUGUCACCAGCGUGUUGGCCGUGUAUAACCAGGUGGAUAUACUCAUCAACAAUGGAGGGAUCAGUGUUCGAGCGGAUGUGGCAUCCACAGCUGUAGAUGUGGAUCUCAAGGUCAUGGUGGUCAACUAUUUCGGAAGUGUGGCCCUAACUAAAGCUCUUCUUCCUUCGAUGGUGAAACGUGGUAGUGGUCACAUCUGCUUCAUUAGCUCUGUCCAGGGGAAGUUCGCCAUUCCCCAGAGGGCCGCCUAUUCCGCAUCGAAACACGCCAUGCAGGCCUUUGCCGAUUCCCUGCGAGCCGAAGUGGCCAACAAGAACAUAAGUGUGUCCUGUGUUAGUCCAGGCUAUAUACGCACUCAGCUUUCCCUAAAUGCUCUAACAGGAUCGGGAAACAGCUAUGGCAAAAUGGACGAAACCACGGCCAAGGGCAUGUCACCGGAUAAAUUAGCAGAGCGCAUUCUCCAGUGUAUUCUCCGCAAGGAACCCGAUAUUAUUGUCAGCGAUCUUCAGGCCAAGAUCGCCUAUUACCUCCGUCAUCUCUGCCCAAGCCUCUACUUCUGGAUCAUGGCCAAGCGCGCCCUAAAACUGGAGAAAGCUGAGAAAAAGACCACUUAAGUGUAGCACAUCAUGUCAAGUCGAACGUCCUUAAGUAUUAGUUUCGUUUUUAUUGUUAAUUGAAUUUCGCUUAAAAUGAGGAAAUUAUAAAGUAUCGCAUAUGUGUGUGUUUGUUCGGGUUAAAAAUUAGUUACACUCGUGUGUUACUGCCUAACGAUAAGAUUAAUAAAUAAAGUAUUGUAGUAAUCGUAACAUAAA